AUGAUUGACCGUCGCUAUCAUCGCUCGUUGCAGGUAUUCUCGUGUAUAGCGUGCACUGCAAUGACGAUCAAGCUGGUAUUGUUUACUGACUAUAACUCACAAAGAGGUCAUAGAGAGCGCGAACACGUCUUUUCGGGGAUCCAACAGUACACGGAUAAGCAAUUAGACAAGUUUUUUGGUGUAGAGGAUAUUAAGAAGCAGGCUCAACUCGAUCAACAGUCGAAUGAUGCUUUAUCCAACUCUGAUUCAGACAAGAAGGAAUAG